AUGGUUUCCCGGAGAGAUUAUCGGAGCUUAAGAUCUUGUAGCGGAUGGCGUCGGUUUCUAUUGCUAGUUCCUGUGCUGUUUGUUCUUCCUCAUCUCUCGUCAUUUGUUGAUUUCUCUUCGACUUCUCCGGCUAGGAUCGAAGCGCAGAGCCUUCGUAGCAAGAAAUUAGAUCACCUCGUGCUCGGUCCUGCCGCUGGAGUAGGCUUUCCGGAUAGAUUGCAUUGCCGAGGCACCAAGGCUCUGAACAAGACUCACACUACAAAUUCUGAGGCGCCUGGUGGUGCUGGAAAUGGUGUUUCUUUCGUCACAGUGUUUACUCUUUACAAUACAUCCAUCGAUAAUAUGAAAUCAUCCAAUACGGUUUCUGUUAUUGGGAAUGUUACCUACAGCAAGCCAGAGAGGUCUAUGGCAGUUCUAAACGCAUUCGCCAACUUCAUUCAGGUGACUAUGGCGAAGAGCAAAGUUGUGAUAUUGACUGAUCCAGCUUCGCAUCUCUCCAUCCAAGCAAGCAACGUGAUGGUACAGCCAAUUCCGGGGGAUUAUUCACGCGGUAACCUGAUGCUUCAAAGAAUCAUGUCUUACAUUACCUUUCUUGAGAUGAAGCUCGAGAAGAACGAUGGUGGGAUAAACCACUAUAUCUUCACUGAUUCUGAUAUAGCCGUGGUUGAUAACGUCGAGACUGUGUUUGACAAGCAUCCAAACUUCCACAUGGCUCUCACGUUCAGGAACAACAAAGACCAACCUCUGAAUUCAGGAUUCAUAGCCGUGAGAGGCACACGUGAAGGGAUCCUAAGGGCUAAAGUGUUUCUUGAGGAAGUGCUAAAGGCUUAUAAGACCAAAUAUAUGAAAGCUUCGCGAAUGCUUGGUGAUCAACUAGCUUUGGUUUGGGUUGUCAAAUCUCAUCCUUCAUUUGAUGCAAAGAGAUUUACAAAGCCACAAGCUUUCACACAAGAAAUAGCUGGAGCUUCCGUGCUGUUUUUGCCGUGUGCUUUAUACAACUGGACUCCUCCUGAAGGUGCUGGUCAGUUUCAUGGCAUGCCGUUAGAUGUCAAGAUUGUUCACUUCAAAGGAUCAAGGAAACGUCUAAUGCUAGAGGCGUGGAACUUUUACAAAUCUACUUCCAACAUUGCUGAUAUGUUGUGUCUUGUUCUUGGUAGUGGGAGAACUAAAUACGAUUUCUAA